AUGGGUUGUGUUACUUAAAAAUAAUGUCCAAAUUAAAAGCAAAAUAAAUUUCGAUUCCACAGUUAAUCUUUUUCCAAUGUUCAUCAAAAUAAAAAAGUGAUUAUCGAAUCCCCAAACACAACGAAUAACAAUAAUCCAAUUUUACAUUAUAGAUCAAUUGAUAUAACAAACGAUGAGGAGUUCAUCUUGAAAAGGGAUAAGAAAUAUAUUGCUUCGAAUAAGGAAUCACCUACAACAACACCAAAAUUUAAUUAAACGAAUCCAAUGUGCAUUGGUCAAAGAAAGAAUGUCAAAGUGAUGUGA